AUGGCAUGCUUAGACAUGUACAACUCGGAGCACAAGGGUCACCAUCGCCAUCACCAUCAUCAUCACCGCACCCCAGUGAGCCCCAGAAUUUCUUUCUCAAACGACUUUGUGGAUCUCCAACAAGCCACCACCAAGCAAGAACGAAGCUCGAGAUCAGAUGCACCUGCAGUGUCUUCAGACUUUGAAUUUUCUGUCACAAACUACUCUAUGAUGAGUGCCGAUGAGCUUUUCUUCAAGGGUAGGUUGUUACCCUUCAAAGAUAACUGCAACAACCAGGUGCAAAGGGCCACCACCACUCUCAGGGAAGAGCUUCUUGUGGAUGAUGAUGAAUACCAAGACUUUUCUCUGAGGCCACCCAAAGGGUCAUCCACAAGGUGGAAAGGGUUUCUGGGUCUUAGAAAAAGUCACCUUUCCAAGAAGGUUGAGAAGAGUGAAGGUUCUUCUCACACAGGAGUUGAAGCAAGAAGGUCUGCUUUGUUACCUGAAGGGGAUAGCGCUAAUAUUAAUUCACAGGAGCUGUUGAAUGAAGGAGGAUCAAGAUGCAGGGAUGUUGAGAUUGGAUUAUAG